AUGUACAAAGCAAAAGAGCUCCAGCGGGCGUGUCCGCGGAGCCAAGCAUGGCUGCGACAAGCACUUGCGAGCGGCCUGAUUGGCCCCGACAGCCAAAUCACAAAAGGCGUCGCCUCGACGAGCACGCGAUGGUGGACGGCGACGGCAAGACAACGGCCGGCCCAGCAGCAGCGGCGGCCCUCGAAACAGUCGCAGUUGCGACCCUUUUCGACGUCACGGACAGCCCGUCAGCACGAGAGCCAGCCAGACGCCGCGGCCAACACUGUGCACGAAGCCAAGACGGAAUUCGAGACGCAGUCGCCCGCCGACAUGGAGAAGGUCGUGCGCGAGGCACGCGCUACGUUUGGCGACACGCUGCCCGAGGACUUUCUGAGCGACGAGGAGUACUCGCUGUACCAGCGGCUGUACGGCACACCGCUGCGCCAGACGCAGCCCGAGGACGUGGGCAUCCCGGAUGCUGUGGAACGGCAAGAGAAGAAGAGAGAGAGCAUCCAAGAUUCGCCGCUGGCGAGCCUGGUCCGCGAGACCAAGGACGGCAAUCUGGAGGUGCAGUUUGUGUACGACGCCAACGUGACGACGGUCAAGGGGGGCGAGCAUGACGAUGCCAACGCCAACCCAGACGCCGAGGCCCAAGCCCAGGCCCAGGCCCAGGCCGACAACGACUCGACGGGACAGGUCGCCAGCCAGCCAGCGACAGCAGAUCCAAACGUCAAAUACAUCCAGGCUCGUGCACGCAGCGAGCGCCAGUACGUUGCCCUGACCAAGCUGCAGCGCGACUUUGAGGCGGCGCGGAUCGUGGCAGAGCAGGAGGACAGGCUGCGGGCGGAACAAGACCAGCAAGACGAGGUCUCGGGAACGGCCAUUGACGAGGAGGCCGACCUCGUGGAGACGUUUGACGAAGCAUACGAAGAGGCCGAGGAGGACGACGACCUAGACGACGAGGACGCGUCGGACGCCGGCGGCCGGCCCCGUCUGCGCCGCAUCCACCCACUCACCGAGCGCGGGCGCUCGCGCACUGUCCCGCGCACCAUCCAGCUGCCCAAGGCCAGCUUCGUCGAGCCCAUUACCGAGCUCCUCAAACGCGCCCACCACCGGCAUCUCCAGCAAUCCGCGUUCAAGGUCUUUGGCGGGCCCGACUUGCCGCACUCGCCGCGCACCGUCUCGACGCCCACGACCAAAAAGCGCGGCCGCGCUACCUACGCGCAGCUGCCUGUGGCCAUGGAGGCCGGCCAACGGACCAUGCGCGACAUUGAAGCGGACGCGUACCUGGCGGCCGUGCUGCCCUUUGUGUAUGCGACGGCCACGAGCACGCUGGUCGAGGUGCGGCGGCGCCUGGGCUCGGCCUGGAUCGAGAACCUGAUUUCCAAGGCCGACGGCAGCAACCCGCGCGUGCUCGACGUGGGCGGCGGCGGCGGCGCGCUGGCGGCCUGGAACACGGUGUUCCGCGCCGAGCUGGCCGCGCUGCGUGAGCGCGGCCGACUCCCCGAGCGUCAACUCGAGGAGGCCGAGGCUGGACUGGCCCAGCUCGAGCUGGCCGCCGACGAGGCGGACCAGGCCAAGGCCAAGGGCCAGCUGGUCAAGGCGCGCCCGACCAAGAGCGCGCUCGCCAAGCGCCGGCGCAUGGAGCGCACCGUCGUCGUCGGGUCGGACGAGCUGCGACUCCGUCUCUCCAAGUUCCUGCACGACACCACCUUCUUGCCGCGCCUGCCGGACCUCCUGCACUCGGCCGAGAACGUCGACCGCCACCUGGACGCGCCCGCCACGCCGCACCCCGAGGGCCGCAACAAGCGCAAGACGUACGAUGUCAUUAUUGCGAGCCACCUGCUGCUGCCGCACGACAGGCCGCACGAGCGCCACGCCGUUGUCAGCAACCUGUGGGCGCACCUCAACCCGGACGGCGGCGUGCUGAUUAUCCUGGAAAGAGGCCAUCCGCGCGGCUUCGAGGCCGUGGCGGAUGCCCGCCAGCAGAUUCUGGACAAAUUCAUGGCGCCGCCGUCGCAGGGCAAACGUGCGGCGGAUGCUGACCCACCGGACGACCUGACGACGACCGCGGACGAGGUGCUGGUGCCCAAGCGCGACCCGGGCAUGAUCGUGGCGCCCUGCACGAGCCACGGCAAGUGCCCCAUGUACCUGACGGCCGGCGUCUCCGAGGGCCGCAAGGACUACUGCCACUUUAGCCAGCGCUUCAACCGCCCGCCGUUCCUGCAGCGCAUUCUGGGCAGCUCGCACCACAACCACGAGGACGUUGAGUUCACGUACGUUGCCGUGCAGCGCGGCACGCAAAAGGCCGAGGUGCUGCAGGACCGCGCCCCCGUCGAGAGCGCGCUCUCGAAUGCAGCGGACACCGAUGGGCUUCCUCUGCUGCCGCCGACGGCGCCCCUCGUCCAGGGCAAGGAGGCCACCGACGCCGCCUUCCGGGGCUUCGAGAACGUCUGGUCGGCCGACGCGAACGCUCCGCCGCCGCCCGCCGAUGCCGUCAGCCCCCACCCGCUCGCGCUCCCGCGCACCAUUAUGCCCGCGCUCAAGCGCCAGGGCCAUGUCAUCCUGGACGUCUGCACCCCGGCCGGCCAGCUCGAGCGCUGGACGGUGCCCCGGUCGCGCAGCAAGCAGGCCUACCACGACGCCCGCAAGGCCCGGUGGGGCGACCUCUGGGCGCUGGGCGCCAAGACGCGCGUGCCGCGCAGCGUGCGCCUGGGCCGCCAGACGAGCAAAACGACGCGCACGAUUGACGUCGGCUUGGACGGGUCGGGCGAGGUGGUGGCGCGCGAGCAGCAGCCGUCGGUGGCCAACAAGACGCGCCACCGGCAGCGCGACCGGGCCGGCAAGUUCCAGGGCAAGGCGCGCAAGGUGCGCCAGAGCCGGCAGCAGCAGGCCGACACGCUUAUGAAGGAGCUCAAGGAGUCGGUGUUUUCUGCGCCGUAA